UCAUUUCUAUUCAGUGCUAUCAUGGUAGCUGGAUAACCAAUAUUGCCAUAGUUACAAUGAGUAUUAAAUGUUUUUAAUUAAAAACAACUGCCACUUCACAAUUACAACAUACGUCACUACAACAUUCACAAUUCAAUAAUGCCUAAAAAAACAGAAAACACAAAAGCCGUAGCGGCCCGCGAAAGGAAAAAGAACGCCAAAGAGGCAGAGAUAGCCCGCAAACAGAAGGAAGAGGAGGACGCUUAUUGGAAGGAUGAUGACAAACAAGUACUGAAGAAACAACAAAAAAAGGAGGAGCAGGAGCGUAAGAGACAGGAACAAUUGAAGAAGAAGGCUGAAGCCAAAGCGCUGUUGGAAAAGGAACAGGCGACUAUUGUCAAGUCAGCCAAGGCACCGCCACCACCAAAAAUAACCCGAGCACAAAUUGAGAGGCAGCAACAGUUAAGGCAACGUGAUGAAGAGAAGAAAAAGGAUACUCCAAUUACAACACAUUUGGAUGCACCACUGGUUGAAAACGUGAAUAGAUUAACUAUUGAUGGAGAUGAAGCCAGAACUGUCAGCGAAGCCAUAGCUGUUUUGAGUAACUCUCCUGAAGAGGUUGACAAGCAUCCAGAGAAGAGGAUGAAGGCGGCCUACACGGCGUUUGAGGAAAGAAGGUUGAAGGAAUUGAAGGUAGAGAUGCCAGAGUUAAAAUUGUCACAAAUGAAACAGUUGAUUUGGAAAGAAUGGGGCAAAUCGCCUGAAAAUCCUUUGAACCAAAAUUAGACCAUCAUUUGAAAUGUGACUGCAAAAUUGUUGUUCUAUAGUAUUUUAACCAAUAUCUAUCUUAUCAAAUGAUGUGUUUCUAAAAGUUUUUUAUCCCUCACAUAUUUAUUUUUAAUAAUAGCAAUAAAAUUACUUAAUUGCCAGUAAACUGAACUAUAAUAUUUUUACUAAUAUCUCCUAUUUGUUAAAUUUUACUGGCAUUUACAUAAAACUUAAGGCACUUCAUUUGAUACUAACUUUAUUAUUUAAUAUUGUCUUCAUCAUGUGAUCAACCAAAAUAGAUCUUUAAUAGAAUUAGUUUAUCUUAGAUAUUGUUAAAUACUAUAGACAUGUUCCUUUUUAUAUUGUUACACAAAAAAAAAUGAAUAUUCUCCCUUUUAAGAACAGUCCUGGAAUUAAUAGACAUAAAAAUCCCCGUACUAAUUUAUUCAUAAUAUCAAUUAUAAUAAUAUAUUAAGGGAGCAUUUAAUAAAUAAAUAUUUGAAUUAAA